CAAUGAGAGCGUAUAGUGGGCGUGUCCUCGCGAAAGCGGUAGUAGCUCUUCACCCGUCAGUGCGUGUGUGUCAAACGCGGAUUCUCCAGAAGUUUUCAGCCUGACCCAGAUCACCGCGCCCGGAGUAUCAAAUCUGCGCUUCGACCGAUAAAGUUACCGUUCUUCUGGGUAAUGGAACUAGACAAAAUGGACGAAAACGACUGGAAAUAUCACGGGGAAGGCAACAAGAGUUUAGUCGUGUCCCAUUUGCAGCACUGCAGAGUUCUCCGGUUGUUAAAGUUUCCCUCGGAAGAUUCUGUGCAUGCACGACAGACUGCCGAACAAGCCUUUCGACACAUCCUCAACAUCGUGGACUACAGUAAAUACGUCAUGAAGCCUUUACUUGGAGACAAAUACGUUCACAGUGGAGAGGUUGUCAAACUACCGCUGGACUUUGUGAAGCAGUUGUCAUUGAAGGUCCAGCAAGAACGUCCUGAACUGCGUUGUGACAAGGUGAUGGAUACGUUCAGUGGGUGUGGAUUAUGCCUUCCCAACCUCACCCAUCUUCCCCUUCAUCACCUCAGAGACCACAGACCUCCUAUAUGCGUUGAGAUUAAGCCCAAAUGUGGAUUUCUACCCUUUUCAAGACACAUAACCAAGGAAUGCAAGCGCAAAGUUUGCAGAUUCUGCAUGCAUCAACAUUUCAAGUUAGCUAAUGGGAAGUGGAAGCGACUGAGCAGAUAUUGUCCGCUGGAUCUCUUCUCGGGGAGUAAACAGCGAAUGUACAUUGCAUUGAAGCAUUUGUUAGAGGAGCCACAAAACAACUUGAAAAUCUUUAAGGGUGGAGAGUUAAUCUAUAGCUGUAAAGAUGAUGCCCAGCAGCAGCCAGACUUGAACGAUCUCAUUCAGCACCUUCGGCCUUAUUUCCCUCACACUAACAGCCUCUAUAAUGGACCCCAGCCUGGUAAAGCAGUCCUCAAUGAGUUCAUUCAGGUCAUCUGCACAGCCCUAAUGAGCGGCGGGGACUCGAAUCGCUCGGGAGAGCCCAGGAAGGUGCACCUGUCCGAGAGCAGACCGUACUGCGAGGCCAGUCCCUUCCCCAGAGAUCUGCGCCGCAACGGUAACCAUAGUCUCCCUAAAGACAGUGUUCUUGCAAAAAUCCUUCAAGUGCAGAUGCUGGAUAACUUGGAUAUCGAAGGAAUCUAUCCUCUGUACAAACGCGUCGAACAACAUUUGGAAGAGUUCCCGAAAGAGAGAAACAGAUUGCAGGUUGACGGACCUUACAAUGAAAGUUUUAUGGACAAAUUGAAGACUUGCCCGGCUGAAGACGACGGCUCUGUUGAAUAUGCAGUAGGGAAGGUUCAUCAAUAUAGAGCCGCAAUGACUGCCAAAGAUUGCUCCAUCAUGAUCACGUUUGCACCUUGUGCAGAGGAUGAGGAAGAAAACCAACCGAAUUUGGACAUCCAACCUUCAAAGCCUCGUUUCACGUACUCCGUCUCCAUCCUUGAUUUGGACCCCAAGCCGUACGAAGGAAUCCCUCACCAGUACAAGCUGGACGCCAAAAUCGUCAACUACUACUUGCGAGACAUGCAAACCCCGCCUCCCUCCAGCCUGUAUAAGGAACGGCAGGAGUGCACGCUGCUAUUCCACGCUGUAUGAGACCUCGAGGAGUGCUGCUGAGAUAUUGAAUUUAGAAAAUCCAGUUAACAGAAUACGCCAUUGAAGUGGGUGGCGACGUUUGAAACAGAGUGAUGUGUUUUUUUCUGGUUAUGUUCUCAUUGGGGCUGGUCUCCUAAAGCACGAACGAAUCAUUCAUCGGCUGUCACGGAGAAAACAAGGACUUUAGUGUGUUUGUGCGGUGCUGUUGGUUGUUUUGAAGCACAUGGGGGCAUUACAAGUGCCAAACAGCGGUUUUCCGAGUAGUGGCCGUGACGCUGUACGAGGACUUUAACGUUUAAUUUGUUAAAAAGUGAGACUAGUGCUCUGUUACAUGCCUGGAGCUUUGAGCGAUUUAUAAUAUCGUAAUUUAUACUGACAAGCACAGACAUGUCGCAUGCUAGUGAACGUGGUUACGCUAACACUUUCACUAUUUGCGAAACAACUAGAUUUUGUAAAUUAGAUGAAACGUCGUAACGGUAUUACUCACUAAUUGAAUAUUUUGCAGGUGUAUUUUUCGCAACAUACAAAUCGAAUCACCGCCUUAACAAAAUAGUAAAAAUUGCGCAUUUACUCUGUGUCCAAACCUGUAUGUCUUGCAAAAACGCUUCAUUCGUUUUUUUAAACCUGGAUGCAUGGCAGAUGCAAAUAAUUUCAUAUAUAAAGUGUUACAUUCAGUAUUUGUUUAUUUACUAAGUCAGCACGCAGGUUUGGACAGAAGUGAGUAAAUGCUUUAAAAGCCAGUCCAUGAUCUCACACAUCAAACGACACCACUCCCCUCCCAAAAUUGCUGUAGACUGUGAAGCGUCUGUCUGUCUGUGAUGGUUCGGUCUCUGUGUCUGACACUAAUACAUUCGUGUGUGCUCUGCUGGAAA